AUGUCGCAAUUGGUUCGUGCUCCAGCCUUUCCGGCUUGCGUACCGAGGCUCGGCGCCGGCCUAGCCUCUCUCAAUAUCCGCACAUUCAGCUGUCUUGGCCCACGUCAAAAUGAGAGUAGCGGCACUCUCUCCAAUCUCACGAUUGGAAAGCACACUCGUGUCAUCUUCCAGGGCUUUACUGGACGGCAGGCCACGGCCAAUGCUCGUGAGUCCCUUGCCUGGGGGACUAACAUUGUCGGAGGUGUGAAGCCUGGAGGCGGAGGUGAACAUCUUGGACUGCCUGUACUCCCGUCUGUCAAAAAGGCGGUCGAGACCCUCAAACCGGAUGCCACCGGUAUCUAUGUUGCUGCUCACCAGGCCGCUGCUGCGAUAGAGGAAGCGAUUGAUGCAGAAGUACCGUUGAUUGUUGCUGUCGCCGAACACAUACCGCUCCACGAUAUCCUCCGAAUACAUUCCAUAUUGAAGACGCAGACUGCCUCGCGGCUUGUUGGAGCAAACUCACCAGGUAUCAUCUCCUCGGUCGGGAAAUGCAGGAUUGGCUUUCAGCCGUUGUCAUGCUUCUCGCCUGGCCGUGUCGGUAUAGUGGCCCGGUCGGGUACGCUAAGCUAUGAAACGGCUGCCUCAACCCUUCGCAGCGGUUUGGGUCAGAGCAUGUGUAUAGGAGUUGGCGGAGACAUUCUGCCAGGCACGACCAUUGUCGAUGGCCUCAAAGUUUUGGCAGAUGACCCGGACACGGAAGCUAUUGCGCUUGUAGGUGAAAUCGGUGGCCAUGCGGAGCUUGAGGCUGCGGAUUGGAUCCGACUGUACCGUGAAAGAACCGACAAUCCAAAACCCAUUGUAGCAAUCAUCGGCGGUCUCACAGCACCGCCUGACCGCAUCAUGGGUCAUGCCGGAGCUUUUUUACUUCCUGGGGAGCCAUCGGCGCUCGACAAAGUCAAGGCCUUGGAGAACGCCGGAGUCGCUAUCGUCAACCACCCCUCAAGAUUCGGGCCCGUUAUCAGUAAUUUACUCGCCGGAAGGCUGGUCUCGUCUGUUCAUGGUGUCGACAACAAAACAGGUCCUCAUGGCGGUGGCGCCGCCAAUCAGCAACAAACUCGGGGUCUGCACACCUUGGGCAGAUCUUGCCCAAGCUCCCGAACAGCUGAUUGUAGAACGAAGUUGUUCUCGCCACCUGUGCAUCCAAUUCGACAGCAGCAACGAAGCAUCAUACUCGCGCCUCAAACCGCCCUGAACCUGCUGAAGGGAAGAAACGUCGCGACGAACUUCUCGUCCGCAAAUGCCGACGCACCGCGGACAUUGGCAAUCACCAUCAACCGAUCUACCAGUAGCCCAAGUGUCUUUGUCAUUGCGGAUCACAAGCAACCCACCGAGGCUGCGAAAUUUGAUUUUGACUACCGUCAAGGGACGAGUAGUAUCUCUAUGGACGAUGUCGCUCGCGAGCUUGGAUUCAGUAAGGACUCAGUUGCAUCACUAAGGAGAACGGUUGAUGAGUUAGUGAGCCUUUUCACAGAGAAGGAAGCCUACUUGGUGGAGACGCGCGUUGUAGAGAACCGCGACGGUUCGGGGGAUUCGAGGGUGGAAAUUGUUUCUGCGAAGCUUGGCUUCGACGAUGCGGCAUUCCGGAGCUGCAAGCGGCAAGGGGAUAUCCAGAGUCUGCGAAACACGGACUCGGCGGACCCUGUGGAGCUCGAAGCUGAGAGAGACGGCAUAGUCUACAUCAAGCUGGAAGACGGCACGAUCGGAACCUUGGUGAAUGGCGCAGGGCUGGCCAUGAACACCGUCGACGCGCUUGCUGAUGCUGGUGGCAAGGCCGCGAACUUCCUGGACACGGGCGGCAAGGCUACAAGUGAAACAGUCAAGAGGAGUUUUGAGAUGAUCCUCCAAGACCAACGGGUUAAGUCCAUCUUUGUCAACAUCUUUGGUGGUCUGACACGCGGUGAUAUGAUCGCAGAAGGCGUCGUUCUGGCUUUCAAGGACCUGCAGAUGUCGGUACCUGUGGUGGUGCGCAUUAGAGGAACCAACGAAAAGGAGGGCCAGAAGAUCAUCAAAGAGAGCGGGCUUCCGCUGUUCGCAUUUGAUGACUUUGACGAGGCCGCUGCGAAAGUCAUCGAGCUGGCGGCGCAAAAGUAA